AUGAUUGUUUUUAUCAUUUGGAUUUCUACUGUAAGUUUUUCUUUAUGCCAAAACUCAAGUGAUGUCAAAGCUUUGAAAAGAGAGCUAUUCGUAACUAAGGAAUAUGAUAAGGAUUCCAAACCUGUACAAGAUUAUGAGAGUACCAUCUACGUAAAUGUUGAAUUGACAUUAAACUCACUAAUAACACUCGAUGAAGUUCAACAAAGAUUAACAACUAUUGGAUACCUUAAUAUAAGUUGGCAUGAUGAGUUUCUAACAUGGGACCGAAAACAAUAUGGAGACUUGGACUAUAUAUACCUUCCUCAGUCAGAGAUCUGGAAACCGGAUAUAACCUUACAAGAUAGUUAUACAGGGAUGGAAGAGCUUGGUUCUGAUUUGAUAUUGGCGACAAUCAGACAUGAUGGUAGUGUCAAUUGGACACCGUUUCAAGUAUUUAAUUCAUACUGUCCAGUCUCAAUGACGUUCUUUCCAUUUGACAGGCAAACUUGCGAAUUUGUUUUCGGAGCUUGGAGUAUGCGUCUGAAAGAUGUUUCCCUUCUAAUAAAAAAUGUGUCAGAAAUAGCAUUGGAGCGCUCAAUAAAAGAAAAUACAAUUUGGACGGUUGUUUCAACCUCAGCAAGUACAGCACAGUACCAUGAGGAAUCUCUAGUGAUAUUUUCUAUCACAUUACAGAGGAAACCGUUGUAUGUUAUGCUGAAUAUGGUUCUCCCAUUAGUCCUUUUAUCACUUUUGAAUCUGUUUACAUUUGCCAUACCUGCUGAUUGUGGUGAACGCAUGGGUUACACGGUAACCGUUUGGUUGUCCUUCGGUGUGUUCCUUACUAUAAUUGGACAGUCUUUGCCAGAGAGUUCGGAAUCCAUAUCUUUUAUGGAUAUAUUUAUAGUGAUGCAGCUAUUCCAAAAGGAUAGCAUUAGUGGUAUUGUAGGUUUACACCAGUGUGAAUAUAUACAAAAUGAGUCCGACAUAGAAGAAGCAGUAGAAGAACAACAAAAGUCACCAAUGAAAUGUUGA